CUUUUAGUCUGUAAUUAUUAUAAAGCAUACGUCAGCAGAUAUCCACCCAUUUGAGACAGACAGAGGAGCAGAGGGAUGUCCUGCAGGGUCACACAGAUCUGACUGCCCAGAUCAGACGUGGAGACCCAGGAAUAGGAGCAGGACUGGGAGCAGGAACAGGACUAUCCUCCUCCACGCUGAGUCAGUGCCACGACGCUGACCCACUCCUCUCCCCGGCAGGGCAGCCUCUGCUCCGAUAAGAAGCAUCCUAUGCGAUUCUGCUCAAGAUGGCGGUGCAGGCAGCGGAAAACGACGGAAUAGUGUUGAAGAAUGUGGAAGAUGACCACCUGAACGACUCCCUGGGGAAUCCCGGCCUCAUCUCCCCGGACAAGGAGGAUUUGUCACGUCUCCUGACCGUGCCAUUCAGCGGACGCAUCCGGGGCGGCAUGCGUCCAGGGAAGAAGAUCAUAGUGAUGGGCAUUGUUGACCUGGAGCCAGACAGCUUCGAUGUGAGCCUGACCUGUGGACGGGAUUCAGAGAAGGGGGAGUCUCCGUACGAUGUGGCCCUGAAACUCACCGCCCGCUUCACUGACCGCCAGUUCCUGCGCAAUGCCCGAGUGUCUGGGAAAUGGAUGGAGGAGGAGGCGUCCACUGCCUAUUUUCCAUUCAUCCCUGAUCAGCCUUUUAGGAUUGAGAUCCACUGCGAGCACCAGAGGUUCCGGAUAUUCGUGGAUGGACACCAGCUUUUUGACUUUUAUCACAAAGUGAAAUCUUUGCCAUCUAUCGAUACAGUACGGAUACAAGGAGAUCUACAGAUCACCAAGCUCGGCUAAGUUCCCACUCCAGCUCUCCAAGUCGUGUGCAAAGCAAGGACUUGAUCACAGAUGCACACACACAUGAGCCUAUGACAUCACCAUCAGUAUCAUCAACUAUAACCCAUCAUGCAACACUGCAGCAGCGUAGCAACUGGAACAUAAGCUCUGGCUGCGACAACGUAGGGUUCUUCUGCUCGAUUCCAUUUACUUCUAUCCAUUCCUUUGCAUUGAACCAGGAUCUGAUAUGAAGAAGCUUUGUGAGUGAAUGUGUUUUGCUCCAUUUUCAGGUAUUUGUCUUUGUAGCCCCAUUUAUGUCGGAUCAGGGAUCUCACGGUUUAUUAAUAGUACUUUCCCUCUAUGUUGAAUCCUCUUGGGAUGCAGAGGCAGGUGUGGAAUACUCUCAAAGAUGGAAAAAUUACUCAGGAAAAUAUAUGAAAGCAAACUGUUGCUGCUGUGUGAAAACCUCUAAAUUUGGUGAUAACUGCUUAAAAUGAAUUUAUUUACUUUUUAAGUCUAUAGUUAGUUGUUCAACUUGUGGGCAUAAAAAAAUUGGAAAGUUGAAGGUGUCCAGUCAUCCUGUUGGACAUCCAGGAUUUUCACAGAACCGUAACAGAGCUGGUGUAUUAUUUUGCAGUAUUGGACCUAAACAGUGUUUGGCUAUUGAUUCUGAACCAUCAUUAAUUCCCAAAAGAGCCGAAACAUGAAAAAAUGGCAGCUGUUUAAAGCCUUUGGAUGAGAUGACAGAUCUUCAGACUGUAAGCUUUUUUUUUUUUUUUUUUUUUCAGAAAUCUUUGAACUCUGUCAUAAUCUAUCUGUGUUAGAUCUUGAGUGGUGUUUUCUUUGUAUGGUGUCUCUCCAUCUCUGUAGGCACUCCCCUGCUCUCCCAUGGGUUUAUUCCAGUUGUCAUGGUAACACGCUGCAGCCUUGCCGACCUAAAUUUCCCCCCAAAUGAGGAUUAUAUCACAACAAGGAGAAAACAUCCAUGCUAUAUUCCACAUGCAUUGGUAUUUCCACAUUUGCUGCAGCUGUUCUCCUGUAGGUCCUGGUUCUGUUUACACUUUUUGGUGGAGUGAGUAGAGAAGACGCUUUUAAAUGACUUAAACUGAACUCUGCUCUUUGCUCACAUUAACACUUUUUUCAUCCAAACCUCAUCAAAACUGUACAGGCGUAUGAUGCAACAACUCUUCUAGCAUAGAAAAUACAUAUUAGUUCAAAACUUCAACUUUUUCUGUUUAAGUGUGCAGAUGGCGGACAAGUGCUAAGCUAAAUGAACUUAAAGUCCCAUUGGGUGUUCAGUCGGAGCUGGAUCUGAUGGUACUCUGAAUGUACAGUAUUCACCUUUCUCGUAGCAUAGAAGAUAUAGUGAUGCACAGGAAUAUUACGCAACUCACAGUUCUUGGUGGUAUGACUGGUGCUGUUCUAGUCCAUUUUCUUCACAGUUUGUCUUGUGUGUUUGUGUUUCCUGAAUCAUUCCACUGCAGUGUCUUUACAUGGAGGCAGAUACAGAGGUACUAUACAUUUACAUUCUUGCGCAAAAUGACAGUAGGUUUUUACAAGUAAGACACAUGAAUUCUGUGAACUGCAUGUUUUGUUUUGUUUUUUAAAUAACCAUGCCACACAGGACAUCUUUAUCAUCCACUAAGGCAGAAAGGAAGCUAUAAUAAAUGCACAGUAGAAGCAGAGGCUACACAUUAACAUUAAAAUAUGAAGUCUUAAGGUGCUCUGAUUACACUAUGCUCUGUGAUAACACUAGCUUGGAAUUUUAUACCAUUUCCUCUGUUUCACAUACAGUGGAUGGCAGUAAAACUUAAGUUUGGAAUAUCUGCUCCUAUCAGUUGUGCUGCUCCUAAAUAGUCAUGGUUUAUUUCCCUAAGAAAUAGAAAAAUAGACAAAACAAAGCAGUGUUGGUAGGGUAUUUGAUAGACUUCCAUGUGCUGUAAUACUGCAGUAUUCAGUGUUGAUCUAAACAAGCAAUGAAGAUAUUCUCGUCACAUUUUCUUGACAAAAGCCAUGAUGUCUGUGCAAGACAGAUGCAGUGUUUACUUGACCUCUCGCUGAUUGCAGCAGCUUUCAGUAAAGUCACCUUUUAGAUUACGAAGACCAAGAUGCAGAGAUGUUACUGAGCGUAGAUGCAUGCACUGAGUAUUUAUUAGUUCCUUUCACACAGCAAUAAUGAAGUUGAACUGACUUGUUUUGGAGCAGAACCAGUUUUCUCCCACUUGGUCAGACAGGGUCUUCCUGAAUUCCAGAGCGCUUUUUUUUUUUUUUUUUUUUUUUACGCAUGACAGGCACUGGUUUAUUCUAGUCACAAACAGGAAGUGAGUACAGUUUGGUAUUCGAGGGCAGUGGGAAGUUCAUCUGCACCAGUGUGAUGCAUCAUUACUCCAGUAUUACAGCAGAAUUGUACAAAUGUGUAAUUGUUUUGAAAGGUAUUUUGUUGGAAUCAGUUUUUGUGUUGCUGUUUGUUAUAUUCACCAGUGACCAUCUGCCGGUAUCACCACAGUUUCCUAUAUUUACAUGUAAAUAUACAAAGAUUGCUCAGCAGUUUCAUUUGGCACAAACAAUGGAUGAAUUUGGCAUCUCUAUUCUCUUCUGUACUGUCAUUUGUUAUUGGAUGCAGUUGACACUUGACAGGAAUGCUGCUGUUGCAAGGAAUUAUGGGGGAGGGAGAUGAGAACAUCAAGAUUUUGUGAACUAAAGGGCAUGAACCAGGGAGCACUUUGUGUGAGCGUGUUUGUGAUGUAUUGUGACCUGGGAGUGUGUUUAGCUGAACAUAGUGCAGUCUGCCUCUGUGUUUUUGUUUUUCUGGUACGGUUCUCAGUUUUCCAGAUGUGAACAAGCACAGUGUGUUCUCCCAACAGAUUUGCUGCAGGUACAUUAUAAACAGUAAAGGCAUUUUUUUUUUUUUUUUGUACUAUUGGUCGACCUGGUGGUUUCAUACUGAUGCCACAAGUUGCUGAUGUUAUUUGAGAGCUAAUACAACCUGAUACAUGUGCUUGUGUACACUUUAUCCUUAAUAUCGAGUGUUAAAAAUGUUAAUCUCCUCAUGAUCCCAAGGCUGACUUUACAGGACACAGUUUAGAGAUUAAUAAUAAUUUUCACUCUUAACUAUUAGGCCUGUGUUAAUGGUUCCACAACCCUUUAAAAUAUAACUAGUAAAAAGCUGAAUGUCAUUAUCUUCCUGAUUGUAACCUGAUGUUAAACAUGGAGGUGGGAACAGUGUUGAAUUUCACUUCAGGACCCUCUCCUUCUGACUGUUGACAUGGAAAUUUCGGAUUUUUACCCUUUCUCUUCUGUCAAAUUGACGCCAUCUGACCUAAAAGAGUUUAUUUGACCCAAGUCUGUAUGUAUGUUACCUUGUUUUUGGACUUUGGAUGUACAUAUUUAUGAACACGGCUUAGCAGGGUUUGUUUUUACGUGACAAAACUGUGCUAAGCUGAGUUUUCAACAGAAAGCAUUUUGUUGUGCAUGUGUUGUCUAAGAUAGUACCUGGCGAUUUCGUAAAAAUGAAAGAUUGAUUUAAUAUAUUGCCAGUUGUAUUUUUUUCCCCACUCAAGCAUGUUAAUUUUUUUUCUCUCCCAUCUAACAGAUAUCUUUUAAGGGCAGUUGUUCCCUUAUGGUUGCGUUUCCUGUUCCUUUUUAGUAUUUAUAAAGACUCCAGUUUAGUGCUAACCUUGAUGGGGAAUUUACAGUAUACAAGCAUUUCCUUAAAAGUGUUAAAACCCAAUGGCAGCCGUGUGAAACAUCUGUUUAUGAAGUAUCCUCUGUAAGGUUGAUCUGUUGCUGAUGUUUUGUGUGGUUGUAAAAUCAUGUUAUCGUUUCUAUUUAUUCAACUUUACUAACAGGGUUUACGUGGAAAAAUCAUACCUACCUACUGUACUGGUAUCCGUAUUAAUUUUUGUUGUUCAUAUGAGGGCGUCUUAAAGAUGCUUUUUUUUUUUUUUUUUCUUUUUUUUAAAAGAUGGAAGUGUUUCUUUGGUUCUGGGAAUCUUUUAAAAAGUAUAUUUAUCUUUAAAAAGUGUAACCAGAGGCAUUUAAGUAUCAAAACAUGUAUGGGCGAACUGUUUCACGUAGAUGAGUUUUCAGUUUACAAGAUGCAGGCUCGUGGGGGUUUUGUGAUUAGUGAAUCAAGGUUAAAAUAAUUUCAAUGUGAGUGUUUUCCGUGAUGUAGGUUUGAGGAUCACCAGAGUGUUGGCUGUUGUAAGUUUCAUCUUCAGAGAGUCUUUUCAUCUUGCCAAUCAUCACACAGACCCACUCAGUGCUGUUUGAUCUGCUGCUGUUUUCCACUCGAGCAGCCACAAAAAAGCUGCUCCCCACAAGCACUUCCAUUUACAACGACUCAGAUUUCUAAAGCGAUCACACUUGACUUUGUGUCUCUUUGUGGACUGAAACAGUACUGAGGGGAAAACGGUACAGAUUCUAUUGUGUGAGUUGUCUUUGAAAUGCUUUUUUUCUCCACAUGCUUUUGUAAAAACAGCUACUUUGCAAACCAAUAAACUUCUCAUCUUGGAACAUUA